AUGCCGCGGGUGAAACAGCGCGUGCCCACGCGCGUGCGCUCCAGCGCGUCGGACGUCGACCCCGUGGACGUCGGAAAAGGCACCGCGCGCGCGCGGAAGCGACAGCGGGGAGCGGCGAGCGCACAGAGGGCGAGCGAAGGAUGCCACGGCGAUGGAUUCAUCGAGCUCGUGGACGCGACGGGAAAGGACGACGCGCUCGUUUUUAGCGUGCCCGUGCCGUCGCGAAGUGAUGUGGAGUCGUGUAGAAGUCCUGGUGACGCGAGUGUGACGGGAAGGAUCAAGGUGGAGACGUUGGGGCGGUGUGGAUUAGACGUCGCGCGCCUGCAGCGGGCGAAGUGGACGCGGUGCAAGGCGAGCGCGGAUAAGCGGUCGUUGGAGGUGUUCGUGACCGAUGUGGCGUUCGAUGAUUGUUCGAGGGUUCUUCUCGCGGACGAAGGUCUCGGGACGGUGCACGCUGAUUUGAAGAGGAAUUGUGGGGCGCUCGCGCGCGCGCACGCGGCGAGCUCGGAGAAGGCGGAAAGUCGCGGCGCGAGCGGAAUAGGAUUAGAUUUAAACGCGCUCUUCGAUGCGGUGAAACCGAACGCGGAAACGUGUCCGGAGUUUGAGGUGAUGAAUGACGUUUUGCUGCCUACGCCGAGGGGUUACCAGAAGCAGGCGUGCGCUUGGAUGAUGGCGCGCGAGGGUGCCGUGAACGCUCCUACUGGCGCACUGGACGCCAAGCGCGGCGGCGCAAUCGACGCCGAGGCGCUGCAUCCCAUAUGGCACGAACUCCCAAACGGUGGUGGGUACAUCAAUCGACAUCUGGGGAUCGUCUCUAAGAGGCGCUUUUGCGCAAACUUCGAGAGCGUGAGCGGUGGAAUCUUAGCGGACGAGAUGGGUCUCGGGAAGACUGUCGAGGUCAUCAUGCUCGUCUUGGCAAAUCCUGAGCCCGAGCGCUUGAAGCGACGCAACGUCGAGAUGAAGGCAGCGAUGGAAUCAGCCAAGAAGAAGACGCACGUUCAGCGAGCGAGGGAACCGGAGGUGAAGAAGGAGGAGCUGGUGGAAGCGAAAGCCUCGCCCGUGGUCGACUUGAUGGAGACGGUGCCAGAAGACACAAGCAUCGUGCAAUGUCCGUGUGGCGCGAAGGAUGACGACGCGUACGAUGGACUUUGGAUCGCGUGCGAAAAGUGUGAGACGUGGAUGCACGCCAGGUGCGUUGGACUUUGUUCGAACCCGCAGCAAGAGCGACAUCUGAUGGGUUUGUCAUCCGAAGCGCUCGAGCGCAAGUUGCACGGCUUUACGUGCGGGAAGUGCAUCGCUGCGCACGCGAGCGCGACAGUGGACGUAACGUGCGGUGCGACGCUGGUGGUUUGUCCGUCGGCCAUCAUUGAGCAGUGGCGAGAUGAGAUUGAACUGCACGUACGUCCCGGAUCACUUAAAGUCAUUAUGUACGAGGGACAGUCGAGCAAGUGCGUCGCAGGAGGCACGAUGAAGGGUGUUUUUUCCGCGAAAGAACUCGCUGAAGCCGACAUAGUCUUCACGACGUACGACACGCUUCGUGCUGAGAUUGACAUCGACACCGCAAACGGGCAUGGUUUGGAAGGCGCUGAGCGAGCAAGGAGAUACAAACGAAAAUACGAAGUGGUCCCGACACCGCUCACGAGGUUGAAAUGGUGGCGUGUCGUGCUCGAUGAAGCACAGAUGGUCGAGUCAAGCGUUUCGAAAGCUGCAGUGAUGGUUCGUCGCCUUCCGGCGGUUCAUCGAUGGGCCGUCACGGGAACACCGAUCUCGCGAGGUCUCGGCGAUAUUUUCGGUCUUCUCACGUUUCUUAUGGUCUCGCCGUUCGAGCACGGCGAUUUCUGGUGGCGGCGCUUGAUUGAGAUCCCGUACGCAAACGGAGAUCCCAAAGCGCGCGAGUUACUUCACUCCCUUUUGAAGGGAUUGAUGUGGCGCAACUCACGAGCGGACAUGGAGAAACAGCUUGGGGUGCCGCCGCAGGGUGAAAUCACAACGAUGCUUCGCUCUAGCGCUGUAGAGCACCAUUGGUAUGCGAGGCAAUACUCUGACUGCGUAAAUAUCGCAAAGACGACAUUGAUGCGAUAUGGUCGGCAUACAGACGACGAGCAUAUCGAUCCGCGCCAAGCGGCAACCGUCAUGGGACCUCUGCUGCGCCUUCGUCAGGCGUGUGACCACCCACAAGCAGGAUCGCACGGUCUCGCCGGCGGCAUCAGAAGCGGUGCCAACGUGUUAACGAUGGAUCAAAUUUCCGAGAAGCUCAUAGAGCGAGCACGAGUCGAGACGGAGGAGGCGCAACGCCUCGUGGCGUUCACGCUCAACGCGCUCGCCGGAUUGGCGUGGAUAAACAAGGAUUUUCCUACGGUCAUCGCAAACUAUCGCGAAGUUCUCAAGCUCGAAGGCGACGGCCAGCAGAUCAACGUUAGAUUGGACGCGCUUCAACGUCUUCACGCACUGCACAAUCUCAGCUUGGCGAUGAACGCGGUGAAGGCGAACAAUGAACUUUUGAGGGGAAAGAAAAUUGCACCGACGAUGCGAGACGAAAGCUUAGAGAAAGAAGCUGAGGCAGAAAGGCGAAAGUACAUCGCGCAGCGCGCUGCUGGUAUCCACAUUGCGGCGAGUGAACUCGAAUUGUGGUGGGGGGUCGUCAUUGAUGAACUCAUAAAACCGCCAUCGGAAUCGGACUUGUCGAGGAAGGAAAAGGGAAACGCCGAAGGUGCGUUAGGUAAGGAUGUAACGGACGUCGAAGAUGACGAUGAUGAGCCAGACAUGCCCGAGGGAGCGUCGAAUCUUCUCGCGCGAGUUUAUCAAGCCUUUGACGGGCGAUGGCAAGAGAAGCAAGCUCCGUUCACUGAUGUCAACGGCCUGCGAUUCACCAUGCUCACGGAUUUGCAAAACAUUCAAGCAACGCGCAUGGAGGUUCACCAAGCGAUCAAUGACCUCGCGAAACGCACCAAGCAAGCCGACGAGGUGGAGGUUCGCUCAAUCGGCAUGUGUGAAAAGUGUCGCAAGGAUACAGAGUUUGCUGUUCCUGGCGUCCAGUGCAUGUUUUGCAAGUACGAACCUGUGCUGGAAAAGUUUGAGUCGAUGAUCUUCGGCGUGAGGCUUCGCGUGCAGAUGAAUCGGAAUGCAGGCGGAGCAAUCGAUUCCGACGAUGAUGAUGUGCCUGAGCCUGAUAAUUAUGUACCGCAAGUCACUCGCGCAGGCCGUGUCGCGGGCGAGCGACAGGAUGAUACCAAUCGUGGCGGUGCGAGCUCGGUCGAGACAGUACUACGUAUGAUUCUGCCUCAACAGUCAUGGUGGAAAGAUAAGUUUCCGGACAGCACCGCUUGGACUCAAUGCUACGAAGAAUCGAAGGCACACGUUGGCGCGCUCGAAGAGAUGCGGAAAGAGUUUUACAAGUUUUCGCAACUCAUCAUGAGGCAGCGAGAGGAAAUGGCUGCGCGAGACGAGCUCGACAUGUGCGUUCGAAGAAUCCGAACGCGAGAGGAGCACGAGCUGCCCUACCUAGAGGCCGCUCUGGAAACCGACGGGAACUCUCGGCCUCGUCGGCAAGUUGAUCCCAUCCCCGAAGGACUUCGCGCUUCAAUCAUCUUUCCUCACGACGUUUCCCCUUUGAGCGUGAAUUUUACGCAACAAAAGGCGGUGUGCGAGGUGGAUUUGCGUAAAUUCUCAUCUCAACUCAAGUACCUCAAGACGACGCUCCUCAACGAGAACGGGAACGAUGAGGCGAAAGAUAAAAGAAUGGAGUGUCCGAUCUGCAUACAGUCGUUCAGAGAUGCCACCGCGGAGGUAUGCGUGUUCCCGUGCGGUCAUCGAACGUGCGUGCAGUGUGCGCUCGAUUUAGUUCGUCGACGCGAGUCAGAGCGCGUCUCAUGCGUCACCUGUCGUGAACGCUCGUACAUCGAGGAAUUGAUGUACGUGAAUAACGCCAGUAAUCGAAGCGGGAUCAGUGGAAAGGACGACUACGCUCGUCGCGCUAAGCGAGGAGACAUCGGCUUUCUCACAGAUUUACUCGGGACCAACGACGAGAUGUUUUUCUCUGAAAGAAGCUGCUCAGUCAGCGGCAGCUGGGGGACGAAGAUCGAGGCCAUCGUUCGGCGGGUAAGAUUUAUUCUUGACACGGACGAAAGGACGAAGCUGAUCAUAUUCAGCGAGUGGGAUGACGUUCUCAAGGUUGUCGAAAAGGCGAUUGCCGCCAACCAAGUUCGCGCCAUGCGAGCAGAAUCGGGUCCAAAGUUUCGAGCAGCCGUGGACAGAUUCAAACACGACGGAACCGUGAGUGUGUUAUUGCUGCCGAUGAAGCGCGGUGCGCAAGGUUUGAACCUCACCGAGGCUCAGCACGUGUUGCUUCUCGAGCCUGUACUCGAUCCGGGAAUGGAGGCGCAAGCCAUCAAACGUGUCGAUCGAAUCGGGCAGACGCGACCGACUUGCGUUCACCGCUUCGUCAUACGAGAUACUGUCGAAGAGAACGUGCAAAAGUUCUCCACCGAGCGUUCGAACGCGAUGUGUGACGUAUCGAGCGAUUUAUCGAUACAUAAAAAGGGUAAGGAGGACGGGUUGACUCUCGGCGAAAUACGAGCUCUCCUCCUUCGUCCAACAGAGUUCGACGAUGCAAUGACGCAAACGCGCGCGGCUGCGCUGGGAGACGCUCAGGACCCAAUACACGUUGAUUGA